AAUAACCCCAUUCUCUCACCUCUCUUUCAUUUUUCAACACAAAACCCCAACUUUCCUCCGAAAAUCUCUCAAACCCACUCCAAAAAUCUCACCCAAACUCCACCAAUCACCAAGAUUCAAACCAAAACCCAUUUUUAUUACCUUCAAUCCACGGUUCCAGCAGAACCCUCCACCCCAUUCCCUCAUCUCUCUCGACUCUCAACCAAAAACCCAAAUUUCCUCCAAAAUCAGUCAAACCCACUUCACAUCUUCAAGUUCUAACCUGGAAACCACAACUUCGACCAUCAAUCAUGGCUGUUGGGGGUUUGAAAUCAAGGAUUCAAGACCGAAAUCGAGAGUUCAGUGAUGGGUACUCUUUCUCCAGUCCGAAAUCCCCUUUAAAGAGGGUUGUGCCUACUGUCUGUAAUUUCACUUGGGGCUGAGUUCUCUGUUGUGUUCUGCUGUGGGUCGUUAUUUGCUGCAAUGGGUAGAUCAAAACUAAUGGCGGAUGGAAUUAAAGCCUACCGGGCUGACGGAACUCGGGUUCCAGGGCAUUGUAAGCCCGUGGACCCGGUUGUGGCUACUGAAAGGGAACAAGAACAGGAGGAGGAGGGGAGGAAACGAAAAAGAUAUCACAAGGAAACCGAACGGAGGAGUGGGUGAAUGGGUUCAAAGGCCGAAAUUUCACGUGCGAACGACAAGUGGACCGUACCAAAUUGGGAGCUCACUGAAUAAUCGAGGUCAUUGAACGGAAAGGUUUGCAUUUCUUUUUCUCUCCAAUUGAGGGCUAUAAACCAAAAUUGGUUGUAAAUUUCUAUGCAAAAAUGGUUGUGCACAAGGAAAAUGAGAUAAUUGAGUCCCGCAUUGGGAACAAGACAGUAAUCGUUAACCCUACCAUCAUAGCCACUUAUUUGGGGGAUUAUCAACGCCCAAAGCCCCAUACCAUCACGUACCCGGACCACGGUUGGUCCAAAACUGAAACUGAAAUCAUAAACACUCUUACGGACAAACCGCUUGGAAAUGAGAGAUUUGUUCAUGGGCGUCUAUUUGAGUUGUAUCGGGUGGUUAAUAAGGUGGUGCACUAUAAUCUGUAUCCCCACGGUUCUGAGCAGAUGCCGCAGCAGCCAGAUGGGGAGGUUCUUUAUGUGUUUGGCUCUAAUGAUGAUGUGGUUUGGGCUAGGUGGAUUUGGGUUGAAUUGAUGAAAUUUCGGCAACGUAGUAAUUUUGGCACCAAGCCCAAUUUUCCUUUCCUCGCUAUGAUCACUGCAAUCUGUGAAAGCCAAGGAGUUCGAACCUCUGAACCAUUCACCCCUGAUUCCCCCGGUCCCAUUACGGGAGGUUCAGUGGAGAAGAGCAAGUCUAUGUCAAAACCUCCGUUCGUAGCGGCGAGCAGCUCUUGCCCCAUCGUACCAAAAGGACCCGAAAGAAAUGAACAAUGGUGGGAGAUCAUGAUGUGUCGUUUCGACACAAUUCAAAAGGAACAAAGUGAGUUGAAGAAAGUAAUAGAGAAAGAGUUAAGGAGACGAAAGAAGGAGGAGGAUAAGAUGAUGAGAAUGUUGAAGCAUGUGUCAGGUUGUGGUGUGGGGAGUUCUAGUGAGCCCUAUGUCCCCACGCAAGAGGAUGAGGAGAACACCACUGAAGAGGAAGAGAAGGAGGAGGACAUCAUAGCAAAUUCGAGCGAGCCUCGUCGCUCAGGAAAGGAACAAAUGAGAGAGAAUGAUGUUGAAGAUGAGGAGGAUGAUUGAGGAGUAAGCUGGAAAAUCCCCAAACUUGGUCGGGGUAUUGGGUGGUUGACAUUCCACCCCUUUCAUUUCUGUUUUUCAACUUUAGUUUUAAUAUGUUGUUUUUAUUGUCUUCUUUGUAGCUUUCUUUUGGGCUAUCCUCUUGGUGGCCGGCAUGUGGCCGUGGUUGGGUAGUUUAGGGGAUGGUAAUGGCCAAGGGUAGUUGAAACCAAGCUAAAAUUUUAUGGCCGCUAUCCUUUUUGUUUCCCUUUUCUUGGCACCAAGGUCAUUAUAAGCUCCUAAAGUCCUUAGUUGAUCCUAAUGUACGCUCGUCUAACUCCUUUUGAUGCAUGAUUGAUAUUGAAAGCUAAUCUAGUAUGAAAUUUCUGUUUGACUUA